AAAUGUUUCAACGAAUUUAUUUAAGUUUAUUGAUUUCUUUAUUGUUAUUAAGAAGUAAUUUGGGGCAAAACAUCGUAAAUAUUAUCAAUCCGGUUCGAUUUCCUUACGGAGGUCCUUUCGUUGGGAUUAUUUUAGCAAUUGCAAUACCUUUAGAACUCCCCAAUUAUGAAAUUUUCUUCUCUUACAACAUGGAAGGGAAUUACAACUUGCCACAAAACGAAACUGAUUAUACCUGGCCACCGGAUGUUAGUAGAAAAGGGGCUAAUCAUUUUUUGGAAAACUUUUUAUCAAGAAAAUUCGUUUAUGGAGUGAUUGAGAGGAAAUUAAAAUCGCAUGGAUAUCCAGGAAAAAAUUGUCUCUUACGAGCGAUUUGCGAAGCCUCCGAGUAUUCAAUGGAACAUACUGGUGUUUUAGCCGACGUUUUUCACAUUUUAUUAUCACCAUCAAAAUCUAAAUCAGAAUUAGGAUUAACAGACUACGAAAAAGCGGAAUUUUACGGACUAGAAAACAAAUUGUGCGAUAAAUACGCGAAAAAGUGCGAAAUAAGUCUGUUGGGAAUCAUUUCGACCUUCGAACACCUAUUUUAACCUUAAUUAAAUUGUUUUUUUUUGAAUCAAAAAAAUAUAUGAGAUCGUUUAAUUAAACGUUUUUGAUUUCAAUUCGUUUCAAAACUUUACACAUUGCUUAAAUUAGCACGCAUUGGUUCAAUACUAUUGUUUAAAUCUAAAUUUAGAAGAAAAACGUGACUAAAAUUAUUAUUAUAAAAAUAGAUUUAAAUAUUUUCCACGUUAAAGUCAGUUUGGUUAAAAUUAAAUCGUUAAAUAAUAACCCAUCGAACAUGGUGUUUAUAAUAAAGUGUUUUGAUUUAGUAAAUGAUGUUUUAAUAAAUUUGUGUUUUCUGGUGAUAAUUGUGUUGGCAAUCGUUUCUUAUUUACUAAAUGGGUUAAAGUUGGAAUAUAAAUGUUCAAAAUUUGGAUUUGUUUAAGCUUUUAGAGGUAAGUAAAUAAUUUCGAUUCUUUUAUUAAUAACACAUAUCUUAAUUUAAUAAAUAUAAGAAUAUGUGAUGAUUCGAAAUGUUAGUUGUUGUAAGUUGUUAAUAUUGUUAACGUUAUUCAUACUCAUUAAUUUGUUAUAAAAUCUCUUUCAUAAUGACAUUUCAAGUUGGUUGGGCUGCCUAUACGGUUAGUUAUGCUAUAUCAAGGUUUAUAUACAGGAUGAAUAAAAAGUCUGGAAUACCUGAAAUAUGUUCAAAACUAGUUUCUUUUUGAAAGAAUCCUUACAGGUGUCAAAGACUGUAAUAAAUUUGUCGUCUUUUCCUAUGUCUAAUUUUUUUUUUAAAUUGUA